GAUUUUAUGUGGCCCUCUCCGAACUUGUAAUGUUCUUCAUCAGAAUCCCCAACUCAAAGUUUUCUAUUCUAAGGCCAAGAGGGAUACUUUUGGAACAGCUCGUCUGCUACGCCUCCAGCCUCCUCAACAAAAUGACAAGCAGACAAAUGUUCAUCCGACUCAGUGAGGGUGCAGAAACUUUCAGCGUAAACUUUGAGUUAGUGUUUGAAUCACUGAAUAUUCAACGUAGUUUUAAUCUCAAUCGAAGAUGCACUGAAACCAUCGGAGACUUAACGCUCCGUAUUUCGAGCAAUGUUGAAAAGAGCAUUACCUACAAGGUGGCAAAGAAAGUGAAAAAAGGGGAAGAGAUAGAGAUGCCAGACAUCAAUGUCAAGGUGCUGAAUGGAGGCACUGAAGUUCCACCAGAGCUAACUUGUAACAAUGUGUUUUUUCAAAAGGAGAGCCCAAAUUUAAGUGCUAGGAUAUUAGGUACUGAUUACAAAAUUAUUAUCAACCCGCCAUGGAUAAAUGGUCUAGCAAUUCCUACUACAUUUCUUGUUGGAUUCCCAGUGUAUCCAAAGAAAUUUGAUGCAAGCUUUACGAGCAAAGAAGAGUGUGAUUUUGUGUGGUCUAUCUCCACUGAAGACACGAAAAAACAUCCCUCUCAGUGCUCAUUUCAGCAAACUGGAAAGGGAUUCAUAUAUUUACCAGCGCCAUCAGACAUCGGACACUAUGUGAAGUUGGAUUGUACACCCAAGGCGGGUGACCGAGUUGGUCCCUCCGUUUCGCUUGUCUCACAAAAGCGUGUAGAAGCUGGACCAGGGACAUGUCCUUUUGAACUGAGGCACAAAUUUACAUCCAAAAUUUUACCAUGUAGCAGUUUUCGAGUAGUGUCUUACAACAUCCUUGCAGAUUUGUAUGCAAAAUCAGAUGUGGCUCAGAACUCUCUAUUCCCUUAUUGUCCAAAAUAUGCUCUGGAGAUAGAUUACCGCAAGUUAUUGAUUGUCAAAGAACUA